CCGUCGACUCAGACACAUCAAAGACUGAGCUGAGGAGACAGAGCUGCGCUGAGUAGGACUGACAGCACAAACCAGAUCACAAAGUUUGGACACAUAUACUCCGACCUCCACCUCCUCCUGCUGAAGAUAAACAAUCCCAAUCUUGUGCCUGAUGAAUUCAGGGGGAUAUUUCAGAAUGGAAACUGAGUUUUUUCACCAAACAAAUCCUUGGAAUAUUAUUUUUAUAUCAUCUGGGAUUAAACUGCUUUAAGACCGACCAUUUAACAUUCACUGGCUGCGUUCCUUGUAACUUUCAAAACUUUUUAUAUUUCACAUUAUGGACCUCUCAGGCUCUUUGCCUCCACCUUCCCCAUACACCUUCCCUAUUAUCCCCAAUUUCUCUGUGCCCUCCUCCUCUCCCUCCAUCUCUCCAUCACCCAGCCUGGUGUCCACAGCGCUCUUCUGCUCCCUCCUCUCCCUCCUCUCCUUGUUGGGCAUCACAGGAAACCUGUACACUCUGGGCCUCCUCCUGAGGCGCAGGAGAAGUAGGAGAAGACGUGGACCAACAUGCUGCCUGAUGAGAGUACCUGUACCAUCCUGCCUUGCCAACUCCUCAUCCCCUUCAUCCUCCCCCAUCUCCUCUUCCUCCUCCUCCUCCUCCUCUCUUCACCUCCAGGUGUUGAGCCUUGCUCUUGCUGAUCUGCUCUACCUUUUCACCGCUCCCUUCAUCGUGUACGACAGCCUGGCGUCCGGCUGGGCCUUUGGUGAGCUGGGCUGCCGCCUCCUCUUGAGCCUCGACCUCCUCACCAUGCACGCCUCCAUUUUCACUCUCACCGCCAUGAGUCUGGACCGCUACCGGGCUGUGGCCCAUCCCCUGCACACCUCCUCCUCCAACUCCUCCGGCCUGCUGCGUGUAGGACUGGCCUGGGGGCUGGCUGUGGCUCUUAGUCUGCCCAUGAUGAUCACGCUGCACCUGGAGGAUGGGGAGAACCAGGAGGGCCAGCUGUGUGUGCCGGCAUGGGACGAGCAGAGCUCCAAGGCCUAUCUGAGCGUGCUCUUCUGCACCAGCAUUCUUGGUCCUGGGCUGGCCAUUGGAGCGCUUUAUGCUACUCUAGGCCGGCUUUACUGGGUGUCUCAGACCAGGCCAGCCUGGGCCAGUGGGAGCAGCACUGCUUGUUCUCCCCGUGCCCCCAAACCCAAAGUCCUGCUCCUAAUCCUCGGUAUUGUUCUGGCCUUCUGGGCCUGCUUCCUCCCUUUCUGGAUCUGGCAGCUGCUGCCUCUCUACCAGCCCGACAUGCUGCGGACAGUACCAGUAGGGACACAGGUGACAGUGAAUCGUAUCCUCACAGGGCUGACAUAUGGAAACUCCUGUGUGAAUCCAUUCUUUUACACACUAUUGACUGGAAAACGAAGACGCAACCGGCAGACGCUGACAUCAGCAAAUCAGCUCUGCCGUAAGAGCAGCCCACUGCAGUAGUGUGUGUGUCUCUCGAACAGCAGAGACAAUAAUGUGAGUAUGCACACGUGUGUGUGAAAAGGUACUGUAUAUGAAUGCUUUAUGAGUUCCAUAACAGGCACCACAGACAUUGAUUUGUCCUUAACCUGCAAACUAAGGAAACAGUACUACGCAAAUGAUAGCACUUUGUAUAAAUGCUUCAUGAAAGAACAAUAUUUCCUACCAGUUGACAAUCAAAAAGACAAUUUCUGUAAGAUGUGUCAUCUAAUUAAUGCUUUAUCUGCAAACCUUUUCCAAACUUUGGUGGUCAUAUCAAAUAAUGUCUCUUUAAUUGCUGUAGUAACCAAGUUUACAUAGUGAUAAUUUGGUUUUAAAUGUUUUAAUGAUAUUAUAUUUGUGACUAUGGUAAAAUACAGUGGGAUUUCUAACACAUCUGGUUACUACAGCAAUUAAUUAUGCAAAGUCAUUUAACCAAAUUAACAGAAUAACAGAGAGGAAUGGUUUAUUUAUAACAUAAUUUCUGUCCUCCAAGAAAACCUGUACUGUAUUAUUAUACUAUAAUAUUAGGAAAGCAGAGUUUAUGUUGUUUGUUCCUCAUGCACAAUCAUUUCCAGUAAAAACCUGAUGCACUUCUGCUUGUUUUCAGAGAACUAUCAAAGAAAAUGUUUGUUUUUGAACAACUGGUUGUAACUGGUCAGACCUUGUUGAGACAUUUUUCGGAGACAUUGUUUGUUGGCUUAAUGAAUUAUGUUUGAGCGGGUCAACAGUCUUUUGUUUGCUUCUGCUGAACCCUGUCAUAUCUAAAACAACUGACUUUUUUGUAAUCGCAACCUGCAUGUUGGGUUUGAAAAUGUACUUAUUAUUUUGAAUCAUGCAAUGCUUUGCAUGGCCUUAACUUGUGUUGAUUGUAACUGAUGUUUAUAAUAAUGCAUAAUAUAUAGCCUUGAAUAAAGAGUAUGCUUUCUGCAAUUCACUGUGUGGAUCUUUAACUAGAGAAAAAGAUGAGAAAGUGACCUCUUUUGGCGAAAAGAACACAACAUAACUAAAGCUCACACGUUAUUGUUUUCAUAACAAUAACAGACGUGAAAAAGAAGAGUAAACCUGAGAAACAGCAAUGGUGAAGUGAGACAGACAAAUUUCUUCCAUUGCAUUCAAACUUUUGUUUGUGUGUCUGUGUCAGCAUGUCAGUGACUCUAGAAGGUCUUCCGCAUUCUUGUGUAUAUACUCGCUGGCUGGUGUUUCUGUGUCUCCCUAUAGCAACAACCUGUCUCUGUCUGUCUGGCUCAAAGGCUGCACUGUACUGUAUCGCAAACCCUGCUGCUCUUUGACACAGAUGAGCAAAUAUUGUUGUUUGACAGAAAGGAGUAAGGAUUGGGAUGGUAUGAUGGGACAAAAGGGGCAGGGUGGUAUCAUAUGAGCAUGGUCAGAAACAUGGUGUUCUUUUCUGAGGGGGGCAUCCACGAGGCCUAGGGGUUUAAGAUGCUGACCAUGCGACUGUAAGGUCCCAAAUCUAGCAGAGGACUAUUGUUGCAUGUCAUCUCUCUGCCUUAUUCCCUGUCUGCUCCAUAUUGCCUACUUCUAAUAAAGACAAAAAUAAAAUACAUAAAUAUACACAUAUACACACAUAUAUAUAUGACAGAUUUGAGUGUGUUGUAAACUAAUCAAUCACAUCUUGCAGAAAUCCAGAACAACACUGGCUCUGUGUAACUUACUAAACUUACUAGGCUUACUUUCUGAAGCUUACAACAUGUAUGCAAUGCAUGUAUUUGAAAUUGUUCCAUUAAACAAUUUCUGGGGAGGCAGUUUUUCUUUAAAUGUAAAUUUAAAAUGUAAAAUCAUUUUGAUGCACAGUCUAAAGUUGAGACAGCCUUAUACAAAAUAAAUCAAAUACUGUAUGCCAUUAAUGCAAAACUAGAGAAUCACACCAUGUAUUAAUUCCCAUUAAGGCAAAAAUGACAUUUCUACACGUUAAAAACAGCAAUACUGUCCUCUAAUGAAAGAAUUUCUGAAUAAUAUUCCAGAUCUCUAUGAAAUUUUGACACAAAGUACGGGGAGAGCAGAUAAAGAAGUGGCACUGAUCCGUUAAGUUUUUAAUUUCACUGCUGAUUGUUAAGAGCCUGGUGACAUAUCAGGGUAAUGGUGUUUUUCUUUGUCCACCCAAAUCACACAGAAGGACAACUAAGCUCUAAUAAGUGUGGUUAACUGUGUUUUGACUUGACAUUCAGUAACUUCUGUGAGAACAUAAUCCCCAUGUAAUGGAUUAUUUGAGUGAUUUUAUAUUAUAUGCAAUGUAAAAUGAGACUUGAAUUAUGUGAGGAAAGAAAGUUUGUGUUUAUUUAUUUGCGCAUAAUGUGCAUACACGUAGGAACAAUAACUAAGAAAACCCAAGGGCUGCAGGAGAAGCCAUGAGGCACCAUGGUGCUUCACUGCAUUGGUAAUACCAAUAGGUUGAAGAGACACAUACCAAAAGCAUUUGUCA